AUUGUGAUGAGAAGCGUUCAGUUAUGUGCUUGUUUGAGUUAUUAAUCUUCUUUCUGAAGGUUUUGUAUAGGUUUCCAAGCCCGUUUUUUUACAUUUCAGAACGGGUUUGGCUGCCUGGAACACCUCAACGGUUUAUUCUUUGACCCGAAAACACAAAUAACGAGCAAUUUUAACUUAGACUUCUAUGACCGUUAGCUAAUUUUUUCAGAUUAAGUUAGCUAAUUAACGGUUAAUUUGGUGUGUAAACUCCAUCUCAAAUGUGGUCUUUAUCCUUACUUCGCUUUUUGUAUUCGUCGAAUAGCAUUAGAGGAAAAAUAUUAUUUCUUACUGACGAUUUAAGAUAUUUUUAUCCUUGUUAGCUGAAGUUUUCGUUAGCUAACGUUAACUAACGUAUAAACGUCAACUUGUUAAUCAACGUAACUAGCUAGCUAACUGACAUAACCAUGGUUACUGCUGCUCAUUCAGUUGAAUCGUAGUACGUGAUCAAUUGUUCGUCUGUCUAGUUAAAUUGAUGUUCAUUUAUGUCAACUUGCCAUAUCGCCUAAUUAAGCUAUUUUGCUUGUCGCCUCAACUCUUCCAGGGUCAGGUGUGGUAGUGUAAGCCUCCCUCUCCCCCCAUCAUGCUGAGUUUCCUGCGCAGGACGCUGGGGCGACGCUCCAUCCGGAAACAUGCAGAGAAAACCCGGUUACGAGAGGCUCAGCGUGCCACGACGCACAUACCUGCUGCUGGGGAUGCAAAGUCUAUCAUCACCUGCCGCGUAUCCUUACUGGAUGGGACAGACGUCAGUGUUGACUUGCCGAAAAAAGCCAAAGGUGAGGAGCUGUUUGACCAGAUUAUGUACCAUCUGGACAUUGUAGAGAAAGACUACUUCGGACUGCGCUUCAUGGACUCGGCACAAGUGCCGCACUGGCUUGAUGUCACAAAAAGUAUCAAAAAACAAGUAAAAAUUGGUCCACCAUACUGCCUUCACAUGAGAGUAAAGUUUUACUCCUCAGAACCGAAUAACCUGCACGAGGAGCUCACCAGAUACCUAUUUGUGUUACAGUUAAAGCAAGACAUCCUCAGUGGCAAGCUAGAAUGUCCCUUUGAGACAGCGGUGGAGUUAGCUGCCUUCUCACUACAGGCUGAGCUAGGUGAUUGUGACCCAUUAGACCACAGUGUGGACCUGGUGACAGAAUUUCGCUUCGUCCCCAACCAAACAGAAGAUGUGGAGCUGGCAAUAUUCAACGCAUGGAAGGAGUGCAGAGGUCAGACACCAGCCCAAGCUGAAAUAAACUACCUGAAUAAAGCAAAAUGGCUAGAAAUGUAUGGGGUGGACAUGCAUAUGGUCAAGGCACGAGAUGGUAAUGAAUACAGUUUGGGUUUGACACCCACCGGAGUUCUGGUUUUUGAAGGAGAAACCAAGAUUGGGCUUUUCUUCUGGCCGAAGAUCACAUGUCUGGAUUUCAAGAAGAGCAAAUUAACGCUUGUGGUAGUCGAGGAUGACGAACAGACUGAUUCUCCGCAGGGCAAAGAACAGGAGCACACGUUUGUCUUCAGGAUGGACCACCCCAAAGCCUGUAAGCACCUCUGGAAGUGUGCCGUGGAACACCAUGCUUUCUUUAGGCUCAGAGGGCCGGUACAGAAGAACUCUGCACGCUCUGGAUUCAUUCGCAUGGGAUCACGCUUCAGAUACAGUGGAAAGACGGAGUAUCAGACGACCAAGGCCAACAAAGCGCGGCGGUCAGCCUCCUUUGAGAGAAGGCCCAGUCGACGUUACUCUAGAAGAACCAUGCAGAACAGAGGACCAUUUAUUCUCCAAGAGGUUCUUUCAUCAGGCAAUGGUGUCAGCUCCACCAAAGACACCAAGCAGGUUGCUCCUAGCAGAGGUGCUUGGUCAGCCAUGCCUGUGGUCAGCCCGGUAGCUGCAGCUGCCUGUGCGCCGAUGGAAAUCGAGGCCCUACCCAGGAGCCCUGGAGGAGAAAAGAGGAGUGUGCCCAUGGUUGCUGACCUGAUGGAGACGUGUAUUGAUGACGUCCUCAGAGCUCCUGUCGUCCCCACUGUGACGCCUGCAGACGAGGCCGGGCUGAGCAACGCCUAUGCCGCUGCGAGUCCUGCUGGGGAGGAUCCUCUCAGCCUCAGUGAGGCAGCGGCUCGUCUGAAGCAGCUGGCGUUGGACAGCAGUCCUCUUCUUGCGACUCCAAGAAAUAACAUGAAUGUCAACAUGGCACUGAACAAUCAGGAGGACGUGGUGAAGCUGACAGAGAAGUGUGGUCUGAACAGUGCAGGCAGUAGUAGCCCAGUUGCCACUCCACUGCGCCCCCCAGAGGAUCUGAAGAGCAACAUCCUGAAAGCACAAGCUGAGGCAGCUGCCCUCAAGGGACCUUUGGAGGAACAUGUUGUAGUUGUCAGUGGAGAUAAAAACUGUAACUUGCAGGAUGUUUCUACCAGGUUAAAGGUGCGUAGCGGGCGAAUGGGCAGUAACUCGUCUCUGUCCGUUAGCAGUCGUCCCGACAUCCAAGACUCCUGGGACCUGCUCAAGCCGGCCUCGCUGGUCUCAUCAGCAGGCACCAGUGCCGAGAGACUAACUGAAGAUUUAAACUCCGCUGUUCCCAAGAUGCCCAACGAGUCAGCCAGCGAAGCCAUGGCACCAAAGGUGAAAACAGAGGAAGUUAACCUUAAAAACACCGCUCCACUGUCAGACAACCUGAUUGACUUCACAGAUCCAACUCCUGUUCUGCCUCCAGUGCAGCAGCCCAAACCCGUCAUCACCCCCCGCUGGAUCAUCCCCACAACUGCUCCUCCCGGCGUCUUUACUAACGGCCUGCUCGACCUUGACCCCCCCGCUAAGGUCAACCCUGCUCUCCCUGCAGAUGGGGGGGCGCCUCUCACCCCUGCCCUCCCCCAACUCGCUCCCACGCGCAACACCAACUCCACCAGCACUGUGGGUCAGCAGCCAAACUCAGAGGAUGGAGCCAAACCAAGAGGUCUCCUGACCACUGAGCUCUGAUGGAGAAAUGAGAAGCAGCCAUCACAACAUUAAUCUCCCUGACUGCUUCCCCCCACCUCACCCCCUCACCCCUCCACACACAAGCAAGCUGGGCCAAGAGGAAAGUGGAACCAGGGAGGAGGCAGCUUACAAACAGAUGUAGCUAAAUUCACGUGAGAAUAAUAGAGAUAUGAUUGCAGGUUUUUCAUCACACAGUUAGAGGCAGUAGUAACAAUUUAGGAUCACCUACAGGAACACAGUCAGUGACCUGCUGUUAUCCAUCCAUCCAACCAAACCUCAGUCACACAACUUGUUAUUUCAUCUUGUUGCUGCAGAGGUGAAGCUGGUCCUGACACACUUAAAUCUCACAACACUAACAUGUAAAAGCGUAGGUCGUCUCUUUUAGCGCUGCUUUCCUCCCCCUUUUUUAUUUUUGACUCACGCUGUUUUACACUGUUAAUCACACCACUGGACUCCUGCGACACUGAGCUUCUGUUCACUCACAGAUCACGUAGCGUGUAGAGCUGCUGAAGUACACUGGAAGAAGAAUCUAUAAAACAGAAAGACUUGGAAGAGAUAAAAACAUCUGGACUCUUGACACGGUGAAACAUGUGGAUAUGAGACUGUACUGUCCUUGUAGCACGACAAACCUUUUUUAAAACUCGGUCAGUACGACGUGAAACUCGACUCGCCACUGGAUACGAAGACUUCACUGGAUUAUCUUUGCAACACUGGAGCUUGAAGGAUUUCUGUGUUUUUUUUUCCUCAAUGGAUGACAAAGAGACGGACACUGUGGAUUUACACCUGAUGUUUUUAUUAUCCUGUUCUUAUCUUUUUUUUUUCAUCUUAUGAAUUUAAUUUCCCCGUCGCAGUGCUUCUGUGUAAUUAAGAGUUGAGCAUCACUAAUGAAAGUUAGUUCUGCGUCUCGUUAAUUUUUUUCCCAGACGUGGCGUGUUCUGCUCCUCUUUAAACUCAUCGUGGCUUCGAGUCAGAGAUGAUUUACAAAUAAUGUGAAGUUUUAAAGUUUUGUCUUAAAUGUGAUCUUUUAUUCCCAUUCAUUUAACUUUUUAAAUUGGUGAUGAAAAUACGUCAAGUGAAACAAAGACGCUGUGGAAACCUUUUGAAAGGAUAAAUGUGAAAAUUCAGUCAUUAUCUACUCACCCUGUUGUUGAUGGAAAGUCGAGAGAAAUUUCAUAAUCCGUAAAACAUUUCUGGAGCUUCACAGCAAAAUAGAGUAUCAGCAUUCUCCAAAACAACAGGCAACAACAUUGUUUUCAAAAGGCGUUAUCUAUGUCCUUAAGUUGAAAUCUUUACUGUAGCUUCUAAGUUAAAAGUGUUGGUGCAUUGAAGGUGUUAAUAACAUAUAAAUUUGGGAUCCCAGGAGUUCUGGAGAUUUAUUUUUGUUGUUGUCUCCAUCUGCUUCAGUUGUUUAGAGAAACGCUGCAACACUGUUCUGCUGUGAAGCUCCAGAAAUGUUUCCUGAAAUACAAAACUUCACCUGACGUUAAAUCAGCUCCGGUGUGAGGAGUGAACUCAUCCUGUAAGUGAGCUGUGAUCUCUGGAGGUGAACGACAUUCCAGCGUUUGGAUUAUCUAACUGGAUAAAUGAAUUAAUAUUUUUUUAGACUGAAAAUGGACCCUGGUGUUUGUAGAGAAUUGUUCCUGCUGUUAACAUGUUGUAGCUUCGACCCUUCAGCCUUAUGGAAAAUGAAUGUAUUCAAAUAGUCUCAUGUGAGAAUGCUGGAGACACCACAGUAUGAAAAUAUCCCCACAGUUUGAUGGUUUAUAAAUUUAACAAUCGUUGAUAUAACUCUGGCAAAUAUAGGUGAUUACAAACCAACUCUGCCAGCUCAUGUUAUGUCGUGGAAUUCAUGUUAAAACCUUUAUUAAAUUCAUGGGACCUUGAAAAUCCCACAGCUGCACUCAGAGCUGAAUAUCAUCAUUUAAAAAAAAAUUCCUUGUCUGUAUAUUCUCAGCGUCUAGUAACACUUUCACAUUGAACUGUUUCAAGGAAAUUAAAACAAUCCUUCUUGGGAAAAUCUACAGUUCAAAUAUGAAAAAAAUUAUUAUUAUUGUAACCAAUCCUCAACAACUAUUGAAAUUAAAACACGUUGCCAGGUUUCCUUUGGGUUUCUUGGAUGUUCAGCACAAAUUUAAACCUCAAUCCAGUGAAAAAUGAGAGAUUAGUGAGACGAAACACACAGAAUGAAUCCAAAAACUUUAACUUUUAAGUUGGACCCCUGAAUUUCAUCAGAUGUAGUACAGCUGUAGGGUUUGACAGUCCCAUGAAUUUAUUAGAUUAACCUGAAUUUUUCAGAGAAAAUCUGUUACAAGUCGUAAAAUGUUGGGAAUUCUGUCUGAGCUGGCAUUAAACAACCCGUAUCUUAAAAGCUGGUUUGGUAAAAUGUGAAAUUGCGGCCUGAUUCUUCCUUUUUUUCCGGUUGUAAAUCAAGAAUAUCAUUUGCUUUUUUUUUUUUUUUAAUUUCACUGCCCUGAACAUCGUCAUCAUUACGCCUGGAUCCUCAUUCACGCUGUCUCUCUGUAGCUUCUUCAUUAUGAUUUCCUGAAGAAGGGAAGCUGACGGUUAUUUAUGCUUCUGCUCAGUUCAAGUGUUCAAACACAACAUGUUGUCCGGUGUGAUAGCGUUCAGUUCUAAUGUGUUGUCAGUAUAAACGGUGUCAGCUGGCUGUAGAUAUGAAGUAGAGCUAUAUAUAUAUUUUUUGAAUAUUAUGUCGACAGUGUUGUUACUACAUUCUGUGCAGAUUUCAUCGUCGAAGUGUUUUUCUAAUUACAAAACUCGUAGGAUUCAUGUUACUGAUGGAGCUGACUGGAAACACGCCGAGUGUGACGUCUCAAAUGCAAUUUUAUAUCAACUUUCUUUUGUGUUUUUUUUCUGGAAUAUCUGAUCAUGAUUCAGUAAAGCUUUGCUACAGUAGGA